AUGGCAUCCAGCGAGUUUCAAUGCUCCGAUUCCGAACAUGCCACAACACCUACGGACACACCUAUUCCUUUCCAGAAAUAUCCUCCUCGUUGGAGCCCAGAAGCUGACAGGAUACAUUACGCCCGAGACCCCUGUUUGGGUGACGAUAAACCCCUUCGCCGAAAUUCUGCCUUUCUCGAAGUCGGACUCGAUGGCGAUGAUGCGAUUAUCGAUGCCAAAUUGAGAAGGGAUUCAAGACAAGGACUACAAGCCCACUUUCGUAGCAGAGUUGACCUCUUCAAACCUGAUCCCGUCAGUUGGUCGGAAUCGUUGCCUCCAGAGAAACAUUCUCGAGAACAAAUGCUUCCGUCCUUCCCUACACUUCCCAGGCUACUCUUUCUGACCCUUGUGAUUGUACUUGUUAUUCCAAGCUUGCCUACGUCUCCUUUGCUGACGGCCGAUGCAAAUUCUGUUGGAGAAAGAGCUGGAACCCUCGGAGAUAUUGAGGCCAUCGGGAAGGUUAAGAGAGACGACAGUCCGACCGUUGUUUGCAAAAGAUGGUCACAACAAAGCGCCUUGGUCAAUGGGACAUUAUAUUUGUACGGAGGCCGAUCGACCACGUCUUCAGACCAGACGACAGAUACGUGGAAUAACGACUUUCUUACCCUCGACCUCACCAAGUCCUGGCAGAUAUCCUCGCCGUCAUUGACUGGCCUUCCCAUCCCCAGUGGUCCACCUGCAGUUUCACUCGGGUACCUCUGGAACUCGUAUGAUUCCUUGUACCUCUACGGCGGCGAGUUUUCGGAUUCUCCAGUUACUUCACCUGUUCCCUUUUCGACCUGGUCCUACGAUAUCUCCUCCUCAUCAUGGUCUGAAUCAUCAAACCCGCUAACAAGCGCCGGGCAGAAUUCGGAAGAAGCCAAUCAACCAGUUCAGCGUGCGGCCGAGGGCGCAGGCAUAUCGGUACCACAUAUCGGCCGCGGCUUUUAUUUUGGUGGACAUCUCGAUGGCUAUACUACCCCCGGUUGGUCCCAGUCAAUUGCCCGAGUCUAUCUUCGAGGCCUUCUUGAAUAUACGUUUCCGGGAUACAGCAAUGCUGCGGUGAAUGGUGGAAACGUGGCCGGUUCGUCGGGUAUUUAUCGCAAUAUCACGGAGGGCGGAACCCAGGAUUCGGAUGGAUUUCCUGAACGUGCAGACGGAGUCCUCGUUUACGUUCCUGGAUAUGGCAAGUCCGGUAUUAUACUUGGCCUCGCAGGUGGCACCAACGCCACGUUUACCCAAAUGAACAUUAUCGAUGUCUAUGAUAUUGAUUCAUCGACUUGGUAUAAGCAAGCCACGGCAGGAGAGACCCCGGAGAUUCGAGUCAAUCCGUGUGCCGUGGCAGUAUCCGCGGCCGACGGAAGUUCAGCCCAGGUAUACAUGUAUGGGGGGCAAAACUUGAUACCAUAUGGAGAGCAAACUCAGUACGACGAUAUGUGGAUUUUGACAAUUCCGUCAUUCACCUGGAUCAAGGUUGAUAUGUCCAACCAAGCGAACCCACCAGCGAGAGCAGGACAUACUUGCAAUGUUUGGAAUGCGCAAAUGGUCGUGGUUGGUGGAUAUGUCGGGCAAGAUCUAUCUUGUGAAAGUCCCGGCAUAUACGUUUUCAACACCAGUUCCCUCACGUGGCAGAACGAAUAUACUGCCGUGGAGACCAAAGACAACCUUAACCGGCAAAAAAGCCAGCAGGAUGACCCUUCCGCGCUUCAGGGUUCAUAUGGUUACCAAGUUCCAGAGCCAGUACAGUCCGUCGUUGGAGGUAAUGCCGUGGGAGCAGCCACCCUCACUGCUCCCGCUCAAUCGGCCACUCAAGGACCUCUGGCCACAGGCACUCCAAGAACAUAUACGGUCACACAAUCCGACGGGCCUGUUGCGACAGUGACAUCAUCUCCGGGCAGUGGCGCUAGCGGUAACGACAACGGCGACAACAAUUCAUCAGGCGGCACCAAUGUCGGAGCCAUCGUCGCCGGAGUCAUCGCUGGAUUUUUCGCCGUUCUCGCCGCUUAUUUGGGAUUCUGUACCUGGCUAUACCGGGAGCAACUCAAAAUUUAUAAGAACCACGUGUCAAUGGCACAAAGACAGCAGCUGUCAGAUGACCCCAGGUAUAUCGAGACCGGCUACGGGGGCGGAAAAUACACAGACAAGAGUCAAACAAGCGACAGCCGCAACAGUGCGGAUAACCGAAGUGGAAAUGGCAGUACCGGGUCAAGAAUCGGAGGGAGAGUGAAUCAGUUAUCAAGCAACAAUCCUUACAAAAAUGUGCCUGGUGGUACUGGCUCAGCGACUGCAGCAAGCAGUACAGAUGACCUUAUGGCAGGUCAAGAACCGAGUUUCUUAGGGGUGGUCUUGAACCCAAGGCGAAGUCUGAGGGUCGUGAACAGGGAUUGA